CCUACCCUGGCCCCUGUCACCAUGCUGGCAUGGCUGGGCAUGGUAGCUCCGCCGCAGGCCUCUGCAGAUGGCCUCUGCAGAUGGCCUCUGCGCUUGGCUCCUGCGAGGACUCCGCCCGAGGAGGCGUGUAUAUAUGAGAACCAGCAGUCGCCCAUAACCUGCCCGAUAUCACCUGUUUCCAUACUAACUAGCAGUCGUUGCCUUAGGCUUUCAUUACUUGGGUUGCUCGCGUGGACAGCUUAACCCUGUUGCCUAUACUAGACUUUCUUAAAUACUCGACGACACAUUCCGAGUACUUGGCAUCGACCAUAACGACUUUUUCAUCCACGACCAUCAACGCACAUACCCAUCCAUCAUGUUUGGAUCAAGAUCGAGAAAAGAGAGCGUGUCUACGGGCCGCUCCCGCAAGGAGAGUGUCUCCAAGCACAGGACAAGCACAUCGAAACACACAAAACAGCCGUCCUUCAGCCAGUCAUCGCGGAAGGUAGAGAAGCUGGUAUCGCAGGCUCGACCAGUUUCGCAGGCGCCGUCGUCGAACGCCACAUCGCCAUCGUUGGGAAGCACCAUCAUCACAGUGUGCGUCGGAGCUGAGCAGCGUCUUUUCGCAGCUCACGAGGACGUUCUGUCGCACUCGCCCUACUUCCAGGCGGCGUGCAGUGGCCAGUUUUACCAGGCCUCGAACAAGCGCAUCGAUCUGCCUGAUGAGGAGCCGGAGGUUUUCUCGUCGAUCCUCGAGUAUCUCUACAAGGGUGAUUACUACCCCCGUCUCGAGUUCAACAAGAAGCGCAACACCUGGGCUCUUGAGGACGGCGGCAACGACAACGGUGCGAACGAGGCAGUCAUCUACUCGCCUGCAGGCCCCAUCCUGAAGGACACCGUGAUCUACUGCCAAGCUGAGAAGUACGGGCUCCAGGAGCUCAAGAAGCUGGCUCUCCGCAAACAGGGCCUGCAGUCUGGCAUCCAGUGCUCGACCAUCUUGACCUCUGCUCGCUACGCCUACGCGAACACCCCGGAUAACGACUCCAAGCUCCGUGCUCACUACCUUGCACUCAUCAUCCGUGCGCGCAACACCUUCAAGCGCAGCGGCACCAUGCAAAACGAGAUGGAAAAUGGCGGUAAGCUGUUUUUCGACUUGUUCGUUGCCAUGGUGAACCACAUGGAUGACCUUGGCCUGUCCACCAAGUCGCCACGCUAGGCAGCGACUCCACCCCUAUUCCUCGGAACAUCUCGGACCCCCAGCCUCAUCACCACUCGGGCCCCCAGCCUCAUCACAUCUCAUCUCCGGUCUGCUUUCAUCUUCGGCGUUGGACUUCGUAACUCCUUUCCUGCCGGCCUCCU